AUGGUAGUAACAAGAAACAACCACAACAAGGAAGAUGAAGAGUCGUCAGAAAAUACCGCAAAAUCUCCGAGCUCCGAGGAAACCGGCACCACGUCAGGCACCGGCACCACGUCGGGUACCGGCACCACGUCGGGCACCGGCACCACGUCGGGCACCGGCACUACGUCGGGCACAGGCGCAACGUCGGACUCAGCGAAGACGUUGGACACAGCUGCAUCGUCGGGUACGGGCGCCAUCAGGAAGACGCGUCCCACACCAGAGGACCUACCCGGGCCGAGCAACGCCGUCCACCCCGCUGACACGUCGGGCAUUAAGGCCACGCCUGCGGCCAGCCUCGCCGCCACGAUCGUCGAGCGCAACCCCGUCGAACUGAUGCCGCCACCGAGACCGCCGACGAAGCCCGCUCGGUCACACCGAUCCAAGGCCUCCAGCAAGAGACUCCUCGCGGAGUUGGAGGCCAAGGAGAGGUUAGCCGAGCUAGAACUGAAGCGCGUGCAAGCGGAAACCGAGCUAGCGAGAAUACGUCAAGAAAGAAUAGACCUGGCGUCAUCAAGAGAGGAGUCAGAAGAGGAAGAGGACCUCGCUCCACAGCGCAUCGCUGACUGGUUCAAUCGCCGACCCGAACGAGCGACAACAUUAGAAGAGGCCGCCCAUAUAGAAGAAACGCAAGAGCCCGCCGCGCGCACUACUAGACGACGCGCGCGACCGGAAACAUACGAAGCUGCUCGUGCGAUGGACGUGUCGUCGCUAACCGCCGCCCUCACAGAAGCCAUUCAAGCCAGCAAGUCUUACAAGAAGUACAUACCUGACCUGCCGACGUUUAGUGGCCUGUGCACCGAGUGGCUACAAUUUAAAGCCGCGUACAACGAGUCCGCGCCCAGUUUCUCCGCAAGUGAAAACGUCGCCCGUAUAAGAAGAAGUCUAAAAGGUGUCGCCUGGGAGGCCGUCAGCGCCCUCCUCAUCAGCCAGCCGCAUCCAGAAGACGUCAUCAAAGCACUAGAAAGAAGAUACGGAAGGCCAGACGCACUACUUGUCAACGAACUGGAGAAGCUAAAGGGACUGCCGCGCCUCACCGACAACCCACGUGACCUGUGCAUAUUCGCCAGCCGGAUCGCUAACACAGUGACGACUAUCGAGAUAUUGAAGAAGCCGCAGUAUCUCUACAACCCCGAGUUACUGCGGUCGAUAGUUGACAAGUUAUCGCCGAUAAUUCGCAACAAGUGGUACGACUACGCAGCUACAAGAGAAGAGACGCCCGAACUUAAGAAGAUUGCCGACUUUUUGAAUAAUGAAGCCGACAAGUGCACGCCUUACGCUCCGCCUGAAAAUACAACGGAACAUAAAGAAGUAAGAAGUGCAAGAAAGAAGCCCGAGCGAACCUACGCCGCCGCAGUCGAAAUCAAUAAGAAGCCAAAAGAAGAGAAGCCGGCGUGCCCGUUAUGUGAGCACGCUACGCACCAAUUGCCGUCGUGCCCGCAGUUUAUGAAGAUCGACACGAACGAGCGCUGGGAAGUGGCCAAGAAGAACAACAUUUGCUACCGAUGCCUCGUCAGCAAGCAUCGACGCUUCGCCUGCCGCGCCAAGCCUUGUGGCCAGCAGGGCUGCCCCAUGAGACAUCAUCGCCUACUACACCACGAGAAGUCGCCCCCCGCGGCCGCCGCUGCAGCCGCUGCCGAGCCACCCUCACCACGCAAGCCAGAAGAAGUCGUGGCCUCGGCAGUGAACCAGAUCGCCUGCGCGACAGCACAAACAAGACGCGCCUACCUGAAGAUAGUACCAGUCACACUACGCGGCCCGCGGGCGGAAGCAGACACUUUCGCUCUACUAGAUGAAGGCAGCACCGUGACAAUUAUCGACUCGGCGCUGGCGGACACACUCGGGCUCAACGGCCCCACCGAACCAAUGUGGGUGCAGGGCAUAGGCGGGAAAGAGAUGGAGCACAAUCAGAGCAGGAGGGUCGAGGUCUACAUACGCAACAAGUACGGCGGGCAGGAGCAGCGCAUACCAAACGCGCACACCGUCGGCAGUCUGGGCUUCACCACACAAUCCAUAGGUGCGAGCGAGAUAGAUGGCUGCACACAUCUCAGAGGACUCAAGCACAAGUUAACCUACCAAGGCGCAACCCCACAAAUACUCAUCGGUCAAGACAACUGGGAGCUAAUCGUGUCGCGGGAAAUAAGAAAAGGACGGCGCGAUCAACUCGUCGCUUCAAGAACCCUACUAGGAUGGGUACUUCACGGCUGCCGCACCACUAGAGCGGAGCCGAUCGCGUACUGCUGUGCGCACCUCACGCGGGCCAAGUCGAACGAAAACAUAGAAGAAACAAUGAAGAAAUAUUUCGCUCUCGAGUCCCUAUCAAUCGAGCCGAGGCGACCGAGCAGCGAUCCCGAACAACAAGCGCUUCGCAUAUUAGAAGAAAAGAGCCGCCGCUUACCCGACGGCAGGUUCGAGACGGGGCUACUGUGGCGCAACCAAGAAGAAAGAAUACCCAACAAUCGCAACGACGCACUGAAGCGGCUACACACGCUCGAGAGGAAGCUGGAUCGAGACGCAAACCUGAAACAACAAUACAACGAGCGCGUCAACAAUCUACUCACCUCAAGCUACGCCGAGCGCGCGGCCACGCCACCAAGCGGCAGGACGUGGUACCUACCUCACUUCGCCGUCUGCAACCCAGAGAAGCCGAAGAUAAGACUGGUCCAUGAUGCUGCGGCCACCUCACACGGCCGCAGCCUCAACGACAUGCUGCACACGGGUCCAGAUUUCCUGCAAUCACUACCCGGCGUCAUCAUGAAGUUUCGUCAACACAGCAUCGCAGUCUCAGCUGAUCUGAAAGAGAUGUUCAUGCAGAUCAAGAUACGCGAAGAGGACAGGGACGCACUCCGCUUCCUAUGGAGGGGCGAUCGCCGCGAGGGAGAGCCAGAAGAAUACCGCAUGACUUCAGUUAUAUUCGGCGCGUCGUCAUCGCCGUGCACCGCUCUAUACAUCAAAAAUAGAAACGCACGAGAGCACGCGACACAGUACCCGGAGGCUGCGCGAGCAAUAGAGCGCAACCACUACAUGGACGACUAUCUUCAGAGCUUCAACACAAUAGAAGAGGCAAGACAAGUAACAAGAGACGUCGAUCAUGUACACCAACAAGCCAAGUUUCAGCUGCGUGGGUGGGCUACGAACGAAUAUGAAGCAAUAAGUGACGUCGUCGGCAGCGAAGAGCGAGAGGGAAACACUGUCCCUAUCGGCGGGAGCGAGAUAGAAAAAACGCUCGGCCUGCUGUGGGACACAAACGAAGAUAGCAUCCGGUUUCGCCUCAACACUAGAAGAGCUCAGCCCGAGGUGGUCAAUGACCUGCGGCCUCCGACGAAGAGAGAAGCCCUGAGCAUCAUAAUGUCAAUAUUUGACCCGCUCGGCCUGAUUUCACCUAUCACUACGCCGGCCAAGCGAAUAAUGCAAGACACGUGGCAACAUAACACGAGCUGGGACGAAGCUAUACCAGAAGAUCUGCGGGAGCGCUGGAGCGAGUGGCUACAACAACUGCGAGACCUAGGUACCCUAAAGAUACCUAGAUGCUACGACGCAACGCCUGCCGCCGUGCGCGAGCUACACACUUUCGUCGACGCUAGUGAAGAAGCAUACGCCGCCGCCGUGUACUGGAGGAUGACGCGAGCCGACGGGUCAGUCAAAAUAGCCCUGGCCGCCGCCAAGAGUCGCGUCACACCUAGGAAGCCUAUCUCCAUACCUAGACUGGAGCUGCAGGCGGCCGUCCUAGGCGUACGGCUAGCAAGAACAGUGAUAGAAGAGCACGACUUCGAGAUCGCUUCAAAAAUAUACUGGAGCGACUCUCGCACGGCGCUAGCAUGGAUACGCGCCGAGCCCCGUACAUUCAAGACGUUCGUGGCCCACAGACUCGCCGAGAUAGAAGAUCACACUAAGAAAAACGAGUGGAGAUGGGUACCGACAGCACACAACGUAGCCGACGACGCGACCCGCGCCACACCAGCUGACUUCGAUACGAGCCACAGAUGGUUCGUUGGCCCGUCAUUCCUGUACAAUGAAGAAUCGACUUGGCCCCGUGAAAAUAAAGUCGAAGUUCCCGUGACCGGUGAAGAAAAAGAGACGUGUGCUGCGACAGCCGCCGUGCCUGAAAAUAAACACGCGGCCAUACCUAAGUUCGAGCGCUUCUCAAAGUGGACGCGACUACUACGUGCGACCGCACGUGUGCUACAGUUCAUCGACCUCGUGCGCCCUCGACCCCGUGACCCCGCCCGGCCCGCGACACAACUUAUCGCGGCGGCCAGGCGCAAACGAACGCGCGCAAACGAGACACAAGACGGCGCCUGGAACAAGCGUGCCACUCACACACGCACACCUGUCAAGAUCGCCGCUACGCCGCCACAAGAAGAUAGCUACGAAAAAGAGAGAGGGCGCAUAGCAAGCGGCCGCGCGCCAGACAAGGACGACCGACUAGCCAAGCUGAGUGUCUAUAUGGACGGCGAUCACAUUAUACGUCUGCGGGGCAGAAUAGCGGCCGGCGACUUACAAGAAGAGACAGUGCGACCUAUAGUGCUACACGGGAAACAUCACUAUACAAAGUUAUAUGUUUCUCACGUUCACGAACAGUUACAUCACGGCGGCACCGAAAUAGUGGUUAACGAUCUGCGACAGCGUGUGCAUAUAGUGAAAAUAAGACCGACAGUGAAACAAGUGAUCGCCCAGUGCCCAAAGUGUCGCCUGCGUCGCGCCAAGCCCGCGGCGCCAUCUACGGGUGACCUGCCAGCGGCGCGCCUAGCACAUCACGUUAGGCCCUUCACAUACACGGGUCUGGACUACUACGGGCCGCAAGAAGUUACAGUGGGCCGUCAUAGAGAGAAAAGGUACGUCGCACUGUUCACCUGUAUGACGUCGAGGGCCGUACACCUGGAGAUGGUUGCCUCACUGAGCACCGACUCCGCCAUCAACGCACUGCGCCGCUUUAUCGCUCGGCGCGGGUGCCCUACCGAACUGUGGAGUGACAACGGGACUGCCUUCAGAGGUGCACACCGAGAGCUGGCGGAAGCAAUGAGAGACGCCGCCCACGCACGCCGCAUCAAUUGGCGUUUCCUUCCCCCCGCCGCCCCAUUCAUGGCGGGCGUGUGGGAACGUAUGGUGCGCACCGUCAAAGAAGCAAUGAAGGCUACGCUGCACGAGAAGUACCCGAGCGACGAGACCCUGCAGACCCUACUGGCGGAGGCGGAGGCAACCGUCAACUCAAGACCGCUGACCUACGUGGCCGUGAAUCCAGAGGACCCGCCGGCCUUGACCCCGAACAUGAUCCUGCUGGGGCCGGACUGCUACUCACCUGCACCCGGCACCUUCGAGGAGAGCGACACCAACGCGCGACAACACUGGAAGCGCGCCCAGCAGCUCGCCGACACCUUCUGGCAGCGCUGGGUUCGCGAGUACGCGCCGCUACUCCAACACCGGCGGGAGCCCUACGACGGAGGAGUCGCCCCGGCCGUCGGAGACGUCGUCAUCAUCUGCGACUCCAACCUCCCCCGUAACACAUGGCCACGGGGGAUAGUGACGCGGACGUACCCGGGCAAGGAUGGCGUGGUUCGAGUCGUGGACGUCUCUACGAGCAAGGGACACGUGCUGAGGAGGCCGACAAAGAAGAUCGUCGUGCUACCAGUAGGUUCGCGAAGCGACGGCGGGAGAAAUGUACACGACGCGCGUUUAGAUUAA